AUGUCAGGGAAGCUGCUGAAUGAAAUCUCGGAGGAGAAUCAGGUUUUACAGAGGCGGGUCGGGUGCAUGAUGGGCAUCUUCCAAAUGCUGGACCGCCACCGUCUACUCUCAGGGCGGCGGCUCAGCCGCAAGAGGCUCCCUCCUGGUGAGUGGAGAAUCGCCGCUCCUUUCUUCUUCUUCUUCUUGCCUUAUCACCACACUGCUCACCUCCUCUUCCUCAUCUUCCUUCUCCAGGCGGCAGCGCCGCCGCCGGCGACCACCUUCAGGCGGAGGAGAAUCACCAGCCCUCUCCACGGAUAGACCUGGUAUGGAUUUCGCCCCCUCCGGAAGAGUCAGAAUCUUAGCGAAGUGAUCAAUCACCGGACGAACUCUUGCUGCAGGAGAAGAAGAAUCUGAGCAGGAGCUUGAACGAGAACCAGAGAGUAUCGGUGGAGUCAUCAAGAGCUUCCUUCUCCUCCUCGUCCUGCUCCUCCUCUCUCUCUUCCCUCGAAUGCAGCCGAGGGUCGACGGCGGCACCGCCGCCGCCGGCCGCAUCCCCUCGCCGGCAGUCACUGGACUUCAGAGACGUCGUGAAGGGGGCCAUAAACAGGGACGGCGGCGGCCCCUCCGCCAUUAAAACCUCUUCGAGCAAGUCCGAGGGGAGGACGAAGCAGCAGCAUCAGGACUCUCCACGGCCUUCCCUGCCAUCGCCGAGGAGCCUCCUUGAAGACAGAGGAGGACCUGCGAGAAGAUCUUCGUACCACAGGGAAGCGCCCCGCUCGUCUCUUGAUUCCAGGGAGCAGAGCAGGUUCUCCACGAGGCUUCAAGAGAUCCCCAGGCUGUCGCUGGACAGCAAGCAGGGCUCCCUGAUGAACUCAAACCAAGAUUCGAGGUCAUAUUCACUGAUGAAGGACUUGGAGACGAUGGACGCCGCCGCCGCCGGCCAGAAUACCCAUCGGCGGCCGGCCAGUGUCGUGGCGAAGCUGAUGGGCUUGGAGGAAAUGGCUUCUCCGGGAUUAUCCGACCUGCAAGCUUCUUCUCCCUCUCUCCUCCCCCUGGUGCGGAAGAAGAUGCCUGAAGAGAGCAAGCAAGAGCGGCCUGCCGGGACUUGCCCUAAUCUUUCCCCCAAGGGUUCUUCCUCUCCCUCCUCCAUUCCGAGGAUCAGAUCAGCAGAACCAGCGAUAAAGCCGACCCCCAGCUCCAGGAUUCCCAUCGAGCCGGCUCCAUGGAAGCAGCCGCAGGGGAAGCAGACGGCGCACAGAAGACAGCCUCAGGAGACUAUUUACAGUGAGACUGAGAGGAAGCUGAAGGUACCUGGGUUCCAGCAGUCGAACAAGGACUUCCGAGCUCUGGAGAGGAUACUGGAAGCGAUUCAUGCAAAGGGUCUGAUGGAGUCCAAGAGAAGAGAUAAGCUCAGCGGUGGUCCGUCAAUGGCCGUGUCCGAUCAGAAUUUGAGAAGAACAGAGGGGGUGCAAAAUCCGCAAACCAGACAGCUGAGCAGAUCUUUCUCAUCGGAGUCUCCUAUCGUGAUUAUGAAGCCUGCAAGGUCCAUCGACCGGUCCCAUUUCCCUUCGUCUUCGAUAAUUCCUCUCGGUGGGCUCGCCAGUCUUCGAAGGGUUCGUACGGGCGGCGGCGUCACUGAGAACACAGAAAAUCGCAGCUCGCAUAGAGCUCGAGUUCAGGUCCCCCAUGGCUCACCUCGGUCUCCGCAUCUGA